AUGCCUUUGGUCAAGGCAACACUCUCAUUACCACUCUACACCAAUAACAAGGACCGGACUGUCAGGAUGAGACUCAAGAGGACAAAGGACUACAAGCGGUACAUGAACAUGUACUGCCAGACAUUUCAUUUCCGCAAACCAUACCAGGUCCUUGUCGACGCGGAUUUCAUUCAGACAGCAUUGGAUCAGCGCCUGGAUCUCAGGACAAACAUCCCCAAGGUUCUCUGUGACGCCUCCAAGCAGAUGGUGACACCAUGCACGAUGGCAUUGCUCAAAUCCCGUGGCGAGGACGCAUCGGGAGCCUUCUUAGCCUCAAAGCGCUUCGAAAAGCGUCGCUGCAAACAUCAGCAAGCCGUCGACGAAGACAUCUGCCUCUCCCAAAUCAUCUCCAACUCCAACCCUCACAACUACGUCGUUGCCUCCCAAUCCAAGAAGCUUCGUUCGAAAUUCGCCCAAGUCCCCGGUGUGCCACUCCUUUACAUCAACCGCUCCAACCUCAUUCUUGAACCCCCAUCGGAAGCCAGCAUGAACAAGUGCAAACAGAUCGAAUCCGGAAAAACGCAUGCCUCAACCAAGGAAUUGGCGACUCUGAAGACCGUCAAGGUGACUGGACAAGGAAAGGUCACGCUCGACGUCAAGUUGGCCAAGAAGUUGGAGGAGAAGCAAGAGUCCAAGAAGCAGAAGCGGGAGGUCCAAAAGGCCAAGCUGUUGAAAAAGCGGAUGGGUCCCAAGGAGCCCAACCCUCUCUCGGUCAAGAAGAAGAAGGUCGUGGCUACCCCUUCCGCAGCAGUAGCAGCAACGGAAAAGAAGAAGAGGGCUGAAGGCGAAGGCGUAGAUGGAGCACCGGAAAAGAAGAAGAGGAAAAGAAGAAAAUCAAAGACCGCAGGUGCCAACCAGGAAGAAGCUGUUGGCGACGAGUCAUCAUAG